GAUUUAUAUUCCAGCCCAAUUUUACCCGUGUAUACCUGAAGGGUCAACUUUUUGCGGGUGUCUGGCGGGCCUCAUGCAGAAGAUGAUUUGUCUGGCAAUGGGCACUGUCUCAACAUGUUACCCUCACAUCAACAUUACUGUUGUAAAUGGCAAACCGAAGGGCCUCGGAUCAAUCACACGGCAUGAUGUCUUCAUGGAGGUGGUCAACGUAACAAGUGAUGGACUGGAGCUCAACUUCAAUGGUAGAAGCCAUGUUGCCAUUGCAUCUUUUAAUAACGUGGAUUACACACGAGGUCUUGCCAUCAUAUUCAAGUUUAAAGAAGCAGAAACAGCCAAGCCAACUGAAAGACAGGUCCUUCUCAGCAACUGCGACAAUUCAACUAAUAGCCAUUCUAUUGAAAUAGCACUAGAAGGAAAAUAUGUGAAGUUCACCAUUGAUGUUGGCGAGAAUACGUAUUUUCAGACGAAUGUGGAAUAUGUGAGAGGACCAUUCUUCAAAAGAGUUGCUGCCGUUUAUGAUGGUGAACAAUUCAAAGGAUAUGUUGAUGGGAACAUCGGCUCCAUACCAUGGAAAGGAGUGAUACAAAAACGUAGUCAUCCGCUCCUUAUUGGCAACACAGGCUGUGAUGGUAGUGUCGGGUUUAAAGGGAAAAUAAAAGGGAUGGAGAUCUACAGAUGUGUGCCCAAGGCCUUUGAUCCCCUUGCUUGAUCACUCAAUAAACUGAAUUGAAUGCAUUCAUUUGGAGUGCAUUAACAGCAACGUUCGACACGAUGAUGGAAAUUAGUUAGUCAUUAACAUCAACCUAUAAAGAAAGCAUUGGAAAUAUGAAUAAACGUUAGUUCGUAA